UUGCCUUUCGUUGAUCACCGACGAUAUUUCAUGGACUUCGUGGAUCGAGUGUUGGCUGUUUCAGGCAAUUCCGCCAUAAAGAGUUUCACUCUGAAAUGUCGACUUGGUGUUGGCUCAGCUCAUACCAACCGUUGGAUAUGUAAUGUGCUGAACCGUGGUGUCUUGGAUCUUCAUCUUGACGCAAAAGCUCAUGAUCCAUUAAUAUUCGAAGUCUUUGCUUGCAAGACACUUGUUAAGCUGAAACUGAAUCGUUUUGAAAUUCCUACGCUUCCUGAGGAUGCUUCUCUUCCAGCUCUUAAGAUUAUAUCUCUUCAUUUCGUUAAAUUUUAUAAUCUUGACGCAUUUCAAAAGCUUAUCUCUGCUUGCCCUUUACUUGAGGAGUUGACAAUGAUUUAUAUUGCGUGGGAACUUUGGAAAUGUUCUCACAUCUUCUCCUGUCAAACCCUUAAGAGACUUACUAUUGGAUGUGUCGGUUUUAGUGUUGAGUUGGGGAGCAUGAGUUUUGAUAAUCCAAAUCUUGUCUACUUGGAAUACUCUGAUUUUGUUCAGCUUCAGUAUCCAGUUGUUAACCUUGACUCCCUUGUUGAAGCUAAGCUCGGGCUUACAAUGAAAGAGGGAGGUCCUGAUAAUUGCGAUCCAUCGAAUCUGAUUACCGGAUUAAGAAAUGUCGAGAUCCUCAACUUAUUAUGUCCUGAAACUGUGGAGAUUUUUGGGAUCUUCCAUGAAGCAAUGCCUGUGUUCGCAAACCUCUUACAUUUAACAAUCACAUCUGAAGUGGACUUCUGUUCAUCUGUUUCGUCUCUACCAUCUCUGCUGCAGAAAGCUCCAAAUCUACACACUCUUGUCAUCAAGGUAUGAUCCAAAAACCCGAAAAUAUUGUUGGACAAAACGCAGUUUACAAUUUCUAUGAUAAACAUUUCUCUUGCUUCAGGGUUUCUUGCGCCAUGAUAAUCCUGUAUCUGAUUGCGAAUGCUUCUUAGGAUGUUCUCGUUUAUCUUCAUGUCCUGUGAAGGUCUUAGAAAUAACAGAGUACGAAGGAAGUAUCAAAGAGCUGGACCAAAUGAAGCGUUUCUUGGAGGAGUUGUCAUGUCUUGAGCUCGUCAAAGUUUGCGCCUCCGCAAAAGACGAUAAGGAAAAGUUGCGGCUCACCACGGAUUUGCUAAUGCUUUGUAGAGCUUCUUCCAAAUGCGAGAUCAAGGUCGAGUUUUCUUGAUAAUCACCAUAUUGGCUCUCAUGUUUGCCCAAUUCUGUUGGAACAUGAAUCUACUUACUGUUGCGUUGGACCACACUGAGCUCUCAUGCGUAGUAUGUUUG